CUGCGCGGCGGUGAACGCCGUGUCCACUCUUGAGUAUACUGCGAGUCUGCAGCUGCUCUACAGUUUCGGACUCGCCGUUUUUUUCUUCUUUACGUUUUUUCGGGAUUGACCGCUGGAGAAGGAAAGAUACCCGAUACAAACCCUUUUUUAUCCGUUUUGUGUGCUGUGUAUAGGAUAUCAAGUUCGAGAGAGGGAAGAGAGGGAGCUGGGACUCCGGAGAACCGAGAAAGAGAGAGAGAGAGAGAGAGAGAGAGAGAGAGACGUUGACUUUUACAAAAGACAGCUGGCGCUUGAGACUGCUGCGCUACAGUGUUUUCCUUGGUAAACGGCCUUUAAUUAUAUAUCUCUUGGCUUUUUGUUGCUCCUUUUGCCGCCGUACCUUUGAUUAACGCAACGAGCUCGUACACGAUCUAUUAUAUAUAUAUAAAUAACAUCUAAUCCUGUGCUGUGUGUAAUAACAUGAAAAUAAGAAACGCUCCAAAAAACGAACUUAGUGUAGGUGUCGUCGAGUCGAUUGAUUCUUAUUAUGGCGAUCAAGUGCAUGCUGUGCGUCUUACUUCUGCUGACGUGUUUUGUGCUGUUGUUGCUGAUAAUUUUCACGAAUUUAAGCGACGGCGAUGAGAGCGACUCGCGAUCUUUCGCCGAGAGAAUUAAAAAUCGCGAGAACGAAAGACUGACGUUCAGUGCCAAUCCCAUGAAGAUACUUAAUCUCCAAACGUUUCAAUACCUCAUCGAUACCAAGUGCAAUUACUCGACCGAAGAUUACGAGGACCUGGAGGACGAGGGUAGAAAGAUCAAAGCUGUCUGGAUAAUCACUUCCUACGCCGGUGACGUUUCCAAGAGAAGUGCCUUGAGACAUGCCUACACGAACGAAGAAUUAAGAAGACUCGGAGUGCGGAGGAUAUUUCUGCUUGGUACGCUGGAUGAGAAAGCUCAGGUGAAGACGGGUGUCACUCAGCCUGCCAUUGAGAAUGAAGCGCAGAGAUUUAAAGAUAUUAUUCAAGGCAAUUUUGUAGAGGCUUACAAAAAUUUGACGUACAAGCACUUGAUGGGUCUCCAGUGGGCUGUGGACAAGUGCAGCGGCAGUUAUUCAUAUAUCAUGAAGAUGGACGAUGAUAUUAUUGUCAAUUUGUACGAGGUACUGUCGCUGAUACACAAUAGGACUAGUUCGAAUACUAAGCCAGAUUUUCUGAUGGGCUACGUUUUGGAUCACAUGACACCGAUUAGGAACCAAGCCAACAAGUGGUUUGUGACUAAAGAAGAGUUUUCAGAAAAUGUCUAUCCUUCUUUCCUCUCUGGCUGGUUUUACGUGACCGAUAUGCUGACAGCGUUAAAGCUGGUUUAUCAAAGCAGACAGCAUUCCAAGUAUUUCUGGAUAGAUGAUUUAUUUGUUACCGGUAUCCUAAGAGAAGAGGCCAAAAUCUAUAACAUAGAAAACGUCAAAGAAUAUUUUACUUCAGAUUAUAGAUUUUUGAAAUGUUGCCUGGAAGAUAAGAAAAAUUAUUUAAAGUAUAAGUGUGACUUUCUCGUUGGUCCGGAUGGAGGGGACCCAAAUCUAUUGUCAAUUUUCAAAAAGUAUAGCGAAGACUGUUACUAUAGUUAUAACUGUGUAGACCGACCAAAAGAGCAGCUCCUAAAGGAUACUUGCAUUUUAGAUUAUAAAAAUUUUGAGCAUUCUGAACUUGGCAUUGGCAAUGCUCAAGUGGAAAAUCUACUUUCAAGUGCAAUGUCUUAGAAAAAUGUUAUCAAGUAUUACUAGAUAUAAGAAAUGAGAUAAUAUAUUUAUACACGUUUUUUGUACUUUUUGUACUUUAUUGAAAAAAUAUGUUAUAAUAAUAAAAUUACAUGACCGCAAGUAUUUUCUGUCAUAGCUUAAUUUGUAUAUACAGCAAGGUAAACAAAGAGAUAAAAUUAUAUUUUCAAGUUAUAAUUUAUCUCUUUUUCAACAGGAAACUAGCCCCAAGACAUAAAUGGUCACUUCCCACAACCGAGUU